AUGUCUGAAUUCAGCCAAAACUCUGAUGAAGAGGUGUGCCCUGAAGACAUCGAUGAGGAUGAAAUCCUGGCCAACCUGUCCCCUGAGGAGCUAAAGGAGCUGCAGUGUGAGAUGGAAGUCAUGGCCCCAGACCCCCAACUUCCAAUUGGGAUGAUACAGAAGGAUCAGACGGAGAAACCCCCUACAGGAAGCUUCGACCACAGGUCCCUGGUUGACUACCUGUACUGGCAGAAGGCAUCCAGACGCAUGCUCGAGGAUGAGAGAGUUCCUGUCACCCUCUUGCCCUCUGAGAGAAGUGCUGAGGAGGAGCCGGAGGGCAAGGCCAGCGGCAGUGGAGAGGCGGCCAGCGGGAGGGUGCCAGGAGCAGAGGGAAGGGAGAGGCAUUACAAAAACGAGCACUUUUCCAACUCAGGAGCACAACGUGGGGAGACAAACAAAAAUGGAAAUGAUAGGGAGAGGGGGGAGGAGGAGGAAGAAGCAGAGAAGGAAGAGGAAGACAAGACUGAAUCAGAAAGAAAGGAGGCUUACACCAACGCAAACCAUCUCAGCAAUCAGAUAAAUAAGAAACCAGGUACAGAACCUGGACAAGUCACAGAAAAGCCAAAUGAAAAUGAGAAGAAAAUUUCAAAAUUAAACAUCCCCAAAAAGUUAGCGCUGGAUACCAGCUUCAUGAAAAUAAGUGCCAGGCCUUCAGGAAAUCAAACCAAUUUAGAAGAGAGUUUGGAGAAAGUCCGGAAAAACAACCCAGACAUGAAGGAGCUCAACCUGAACAACAUAGAAAACGUCCCCAAAGAAAUGCUGAUAGACUUUGUCAACGCCAUGAAAAAGAAUAAGAACAUCAAAACGUUCAGCUUGGCCAACGUGGGGGCUGAUGACAACGUGGCUUUUGCAGUGGCCAACAUGCUGCGGGAAAACAGGAGCAUCACCACCUUGAACAUUGACUCCAACUUCAUCUCUGGCAAAGGGAUCGUUGCAAUCAUGAGGUGCCUGCAGUACAACGAGACGCUGACGGAGCUUCGCUUUCACAACCAGAGGAGCAUGCUGGGCCACCAGGCAGAAAUGGAGAUCGCCAGGCUGCUGAAAGCCAACUCCACCCUCCUUAAAAUGGGGUAUCAUUUUGAACUGCCAGGGCCCAGGAUGGUGGUGACCAACCUGCUCAGCAGAAACCUGGACAAGCAGAGGCAAAAGAGGCAAGAGGAACAGAGGCAGCAGCAAAUGAAGGAGCAGAGGGAAUUGAUAGCCAUGCUGGAAAAUGGACUUGGGUUGCCUCCUGGGAUGUGGGAAAUGCUGGGGGGGCCACUGCCCCAGCCGAUGAUGCACGAACCCCCACGAGCCCCAAAACCACCCGUCCCUGCAGCUGUGUCUCUGAGCAAAAGGCAGGAGAACACGAGGCAGCUGCCCCCCGAGCAGCCACGCAGGGAGGAGCCCGGCAGCUUCAGGGUGGUCAAGCUGAAGAAGACCCAGCGCAAACCCGCUGUGCCAGAGUACGUGGAACCUGCCGAGAAAACCAACCUCAAAGAUGUCAUUAAAACCCUCAAACCAGUUCCCAGGAGAAGGCCACCACCCCUGGUGGAAAUAACCCCGAGAGAUCAGCUGCUAAAUGACAUUCGCCAGAGUAACGUGGCUUAUCUCAAACCGGUGCCAUUGCCAAAGCAGCUGGAGUGA